AUGGGGGGGGUUGGGGGCAGACCCUCCGAGAGCGGCUUCAGGACUCAUUGGCCAGGUUAUCUUGCUGACAGCCUCUGCCUGGCCACCCCCUUCCCCGCCUGGUGGCUCAGCUUGGCCGCCUGUCUCCUGGGCUCCUUUGUGAACUGGGAGAGCCCUGGGAAGGCACAGGCCCCUGGCCGAGGGCACAGAGGGUGCUCAGGCCUGAUAAGCUACAGCCCCCCGGCCAAGGACAGCCCGUGGGGUGGGGGGAAGGGGAGGAGAUGUCGUGCGCUCCCGGCCGCCGGCUGCAGCGUCCGCCCCUCCGGUGCCCCGGUGCUCGGGCCCGACCCUGCUGGAGUGUGUCACGGCGGGAAAGCCCCCGAGGUGGGGUCCACAGGGCCGCUUGUGGACCUCAGCCCUGCCGUGCUUCGCGGUGACCCGGGGAAUCCUCUCUGCAGCUCAGUCUUCUCAUCUGCGACGCGGGAGAGCACGCCCGGCCGCAGGGGAGUGCGUGGGUCAGCGACACCUCCCGGAGGUCCUGGCACGAAGGGCGCGCGGCCUUGGCGUUGGAGCCUGUGCCGCCGCUCCCUCUUCCUUCCUCCCCUGCUGACCCUGCCCGCCGCCUCCCCAGCCCCGGUCCUCGGAGGGCCCUGUGCCCUGGGACAGCACCUUUGGUGGGCUGGGAGCUGGUCCCUGCGGGACCCCGCACGCUGCCCGAGAGGGAAGGGGAGGCCGUGGGGUCCCCGAGGCUGCCCCCUGCCCCCCCCCACUCACUUCCUUCCUUUGUUGCCACAAAGAGGCACCAUUGGAGACUCCAGCAGGCCCGGCUUGGAGACCUGCCCACCGAGGCUGGUGCCUGCCGGCCACCGUAAGGCCCAGGGCGGGGCUGGAGCUGGGUGCACCCCGGAGACAGUGCCCUUCGCAGCCAGGCAGCGGGAGGGCCGGGCAGGGGGCCUGUGCGGGCUCUGUGGCGAGACGAGGUUAGACUCCACGGGCCGCGGGGACCAGCCCCUCGUCGUGCAGCUCGGAGGCACACGGCAAGCCCAGGUGGCACCGGGCCAGUCCCCCCAACCCAGGGUUUGGGGGGCCAUGCCCUGCCGCUUGGCAGUUCAGGCAGCACUUAGUGGGGGGUAUCGUGGUGUGGAGGGAAGACGCCGGGCUGGGAGCCGGGAGCGCCGUGGACGCACCGCCAGGGUCUCGGCCGGCCUCCUGGGUCCCUGCUCUGGAAACACUUGCAGGGAACUGGCCUGGGCCAAGUGCUGCCCUCCCCUGGGUCCUCUCCCCUCCUGGGACCCCAGGAGCCUGGAGCUGUCAUCGCAGAGGCCCGUGCUUUCUCCCAUCUGCUCAUCUUCCCACCCCCCAGGAGCAGCUUUUCCACUGCAUGUGUUAAAUGUUUUCAUUUUUAGUUAUGAGAAUGUCUUGGCUAGUACAUGUUCCUACAGUUCAGUAUCAUAAAGGGACAAAAAGGAUCUAAGGAGACAAGUCUGUUCCUUUCUCUCUUACCAGUUCCCUACCCCGGAAGCAGCCAGCAUUGCUGGUUUCUUGCAAGACUCUCGAAUUUGUAAAAAGCAGUCUUUAUCCAAAGAAGGUAACAGGCCUGGUGGAAUUUCCGCCGUCCGGUUUCCUUGCUUCCCAUGGAGUCUGGCCAGCGGUGACGGCUCAGCGUCUGGAUUCAGAUGCCCUGGGCCGCAAUCACACCUGACACCUUCCUAGCUGUGUGGCUGUGGGCAACGUACUCCACCUCUCUGGGCUCUCUCUCCCUGGGCGAAAUGCGAGGAGGGCAUGAAACAACGCACGCGUGAUGCCGGAAGAGGGCCGGGCAGGGGCAGUAUCCUCUGUCUCCUUUCCUCCUUUAAGCCCGGAGGCAGCUCCAUUGCCAGGAGGGAACACUGAGGUCCCGGAGGAUGGAAGCAACGUGUCCACAGACAAAGGUGACCACGAAAGGACGCACCAGGCAGAGCUGGUCGCACGCCCACGCCCCCUUUACACCUUCUGUCCCUGGAGUCCAGGAGCCUGGCGCUCCUGGCUGCCGGGUGAGGGGGUCCCAGCCCCGGGCUCGUGGAAGUGGCAGCCCCUCCUCCCCCCGGCCCAGCCCCAUGCAGCGCUGGGAUUCCCACAGGAGCCACGUGACCGCCUCUGUGCCCUGUGCAGACCAAGGCUCACGGCUGCUUUCCUGGAAGUCACGGCAGCUCUGGGAAGCGUUCAGUGUGUGGCCGGGCCCAGGGCAACCGAGGCCAGAAGGGGUGGAAACUGAACUUGGGUGAUUGCCUCACCAGCUGCUGCCAGCCAGCCAUUGUGAAAGGCCCAGGCCCUGUCAGGCGAGUGAGCGGCACAUGGGAGGAGAGUCCCCCAGGCCUGGGAGUCCAGCCUCGACGCCUCUUCCAGGAAGUCCUCCUGCACUGCGCUCCUUGGAGGGCUGCCAGGACUGGGGUCCUGCUGCCCCCUGGUCUGCACUCUCCUGCCCGGCCCCGCCCCCAGCACGGCAGGUGGGCCAGGCUCACGGAGCCCCUGUGGAGCCAUGCCCCCUCAGGCCUCAAUUUUUCCAUCUGCCAGACCCAGAGGUGCCCUUGGCAUGGCUUCCUCCCGCGAGGGGGAAGAAGCUGUGAAGUAAACAGCCUCCCAUGGGGCGGACAGUGGGGAAACGGCCUGGUCUGGUGACUGUCCUCGGCCACGCGGGCGGCUCCUGGUCAGCUGCCAUGGCCAUCCCGUGGUCCUGGGAAAGGCCCCGUGCAGCUGGGGAAGGCUGGGUGGCAGCAGGGACCCUAGCCUCAAAGCCUCAACCUUGGUGUCCACUCACCUCUCUGAGACUCAGUUUUCACAUCUGCCAACAGGGGAGAAAAUGGCUCUGCCCAGUGCACUUAGGGAGUGGGACACGCCCGGGAUGUGUCCCCGGGAAGGGAUCCCAGGGGGCUGACAGCCUGAGAAGUGAAAGGGAGAAGCAGGGUCAGGCGUGGCGUCCUCAUGGCCAAGGGAGCUUCUCUGCAGCCAGUCUCGUGCAGAGUCUAGAGAGCGGAUGGAGGGAGGACCACUCAUCACACACUGCUCUGUGUUAUUCUCUGGCCCCAGCCCAGCUUCGCUGUCUGUGAAGAGGGGAUCAAGCUGUACCCACUUCACAAGGUUGUCCUGAAGAUGCAAUCAGUUGCAAGCAAAAGAUUUAGAACAGAGCCUGGCACCAGUGGAGGUCAACAAAAGUCCGUUGUGAGAGUUGUGGGGGGUGUGAGCCCUGCCCAAGCAGAAGGAAGGGAGGGGGCAGUCCCGUGUGCCCUGGGCCCCCAAAGCCCUGAGUUGCGUGCGAGGAGCUGACCACAGCCCCAGGCCAGGUGCUGGCACAUCUGCCUUCUGGGCUGGGCCGGGGGUGCCCGUGACCUGUCUGCUCCUGCUGAGCUCCCUGCCAGGUGGAUCCGGCUCCCUGCCCGUCCUCGGAGGGCAGCUGACCAUGAGUUCUGGGCCCGCCUCUGAUGUGCGUUUCCUGCUGGGGUGGAUUUCUUGGCUGGCCUUUGGCUCCCUCUGGAAGUCCCUGGCCCCUUGGGCAUGGCUUCCUCAUCUGUCAAGAAGGGACAAAAAUAGCUCCAGCCUGCCCGGUCCAUCCCACCGGCUGCCUUUCUCCGGCCUGCUCUGCAGCUCCGUUUUUCCAGGUUUCCCCGUGUGUUGGGGAUUUCACAUAGAAGUGACCGGUGCAGCUGCACUAGGGGAAGCGGCAGCAGCUUUCCCAAACCCUGGCCGGUGUGGCCAAGGUCAGGGUAAGGUGGUCAGAACCGUGCACAGCCGGGUACGAGAAGGGGGCCCCGGCACCUGCCCAGGCCGACUGGGCUCGGAGACCUGGGGACGAGGUGAGGGUCUGCAGCCCGGCUUCUUCCCCAGGCGCUGAGAUGUGAAUUCUCCAGUAAUUUCCCCAUCUGGUUGGGGUUAAGAGAGUGGGCGGCGGGCAGGAAAGCAGAGUGGAGAUUGUGCAACGAGCCUGCCACAGGAAGCCAAGGGGCAGUGGGCCAGGACCCUGGGUUCUCACCCUCCUCGUCCCCGUCAGGGUGCAUGAUCGGGGCGGGCUGGCCCUCAGUUUCCCCAUCUGUGCGCUGGGGAGCAGAGGAUGGCCCUCCCAGCCAGGGUGGGGGGUGACCCUGUUAGCUCAUCUGAGAAGUGGGGUGGUGGUCACCCCCGGGGCCUAGGGAGAGAAGGGUGGGGUCCCUCUCAGCCGUCCCCUGGCAGCCUCCUGGGCCCACCCCCACCCCCAGUCCCAGGGAUGGGGUGAUGACAGCCCAGGCCCAGAUGCUCCGAGGAGGAAGAGGAAGUUCUCAGCCCCAAGGAAUGCCCCCUACCCCGCCCACUG